UCAAAGCUGAUGACUCUGCUGCAGGACCGAUCCUCAUGUGAAAGUCACACCCACAUCCUUUUGUAUAAAGAGAUGGAUGGAAACUCUAGAUUCCUACAUUUACCAACCAUCACAGGUAGCACAUAGAAAGACAGGUUACACAAUUACACCAUGUCCACAUACAGCAUCAGACAGACCACUUCAUCCUCAGGAUCCUCAUCUGGAAUGGGAUUAGGAGGCCAUGGUGGUGGGUCAAGCAGAUUAUCUGUAGGUAGUUACAGGGCACCCAGCAUCCAUGGAGGCAGUGGUGGCAAAAAUAUCUCAAUUUCCACCUCUAGGAUGGUUUCAUCUGGGGCUAGUGGUCAUGGAAGUAGUGGUUUUGGAAGUGGGGGUUUUGGAAGUGGCUUCGGUGGUGGAUACGGUGGCCUAGCAAGUGGUAUGGGUGGUGGCUAUUCAUCUAACUACUCUUUUGGCUAUGGAGGUGGACAUGGUAGCGGAGAGGGUCUUUUAGCAGGAGGUGAAAAGGAGACUAUGCAAAACCUGAAUGACCGUCUGGCCUCAUACUUGGACAAAGUACGCUCCCUGGAGAAGUCCAAUUCUGAGUUGGAGAUUAAGAUUCGUGAAUGGUAUGAGAAACAAGCACCAAAACCAGACCGUGACUACAGCCAAUAUUACAAAAUCAUUGAAGAUCUUCGCAACAAGAUCCUGACUGCCACCAUGGACAAUGCCAGCAUUCUGCUGCAGAUUGAUAACGCCAAGUUGGCCGCUGAUGACUUCAGAACCAAGUAUGAAACCGAACUGUCCAUGCGUAUGAAUGUUGAGGGUGACAUCAACGGACUACGCAGGGUCCUGGAUGAACUGACCCUCACCAGAUCAGAUCUGGAGAUCCAGAUUGAGAGCUUGAAGGAAGAGUUGGCCUACCUGAAGAAGAACCAUGAGGAGGAAAUGAAUUCUUUCCGUGGACAAAUUGGUGGCCAAGUGAAUGUAGAGAUGGAUGCUGCCCCGGCUGUUGACCUAUCUAAGAUUAUCGCUGACAUGAGAGAACAAUAUGAAGCCAUGGCUGAGAAGAACCGUAAGGAAGUUGAGGCCUGGUACUUCAAGCAGACAGAGGAACUGAGCAGAGAAGUUGCAAGUCACAGUGAACAGAUCCAGUCCAGCAAAACCGAAAUAACCGACCUUAAACGCACCCUCCAAAGCCUAGAGAUCGAACUUCAGACACAACUGAGCAUGAAAGCGGCACUGGAAGGCACCUUGGCGGAGACAGAAGGACGCUACUGCAUGCAGCUCUCUCAGCUCCAGGAGCUCAUCGGCAGUGUGGAAGCUCAGCUCGGAGAGUUACGCUCAGAUAUGGAACGCCAGAGCUACGAGUACAAAAUCCUCAUGGACGUGAAGACCCGUCUGGAACAAGAAAUCGCAACCUACAGACGUCUCCUGGAUGGUGAAGAUGCCAGCUUUUCAUACAAAGAAUCCCCUCAAACCGUCCGUCAAAUCCGCACCAUUAUUGAGGAUAGCGUUGACGGAAGGGUGGUGUCGUCGCGGGAGAAGGUCCAUCAGUCCUCAUACUAAUCUAAACCUGUCUCCAAACUCAGCACAGAUAUCCCAGUGAUCCAGAUGGAGUAUGUCUAACAUAAAAUGAGGUUCUGCAGCAGGUGGAGGACCAUAGGCUGCACAUGCCGACCUUGCAAAAAGCAUCACGAGUAUCAUAUGCUGAGUUGAUUGACAGAGUUUCUGAUGCCAAAUGUAGCGCCUGUAUUAGCGUAACCAGAUGAUAAUUCUCCUUGUGCUACCUUUCGAGGCCUCUAUAUUUUCUAUAUCUAAUAAAUUCAGCUUUUUC